AGGUGGAAGGCCCCAACAGUCUCUCACGCGAUAUCCUGCUUCUAUAUACCGAGUCUUUUUCUCUCUGUCUGUUCGUUGUGGGCCUUGCGCCAUUGUACAAUAACGAACGUGGAGAUUUAAUCGAAAAUUCGGAGUUUUGUUGUAGGUGCUUGGAUUUUCAUAUGAAAUCGGAAUUUUAUUGUUCCGUAGAUAAUAUCUCGAAGUUUAUCAAGAUCUGGUGAUGUGAGAAUAUGUGAUAUAAUUUAGUACGUGAUUUAAAUAAUAUAAAAUAAAUUCAUACUUUUGCGACAGUUUGCUCAGCCAAUUAGUAAUAAGAAACAUAUUCACAUGUUAGUGAUAACAAGUGUCUAUACUACAUUUAUUGUUGAUUGCAUUUAUAUUAUAAAGAAUGUAGGUAUUUACACACAUACAGUCGCAAGAUAUCAAUGUGUUAGAUCCAGUAAAUGACUCCAUAAAGAAUGAUUAAAAGUGACUAUUAUUUAAAAAAAAUAAACUCUUUAAAUAUCCAACUGUUUCCUGUCGAAAUCUGUUUCUUUGUAGUUCAUAAGAUUUACAAAAAUUGUUAGUUUUCGGUGAUUAUUUUUCAUCGACUUCGUUGUCGUCACAUUUAUUGCCGAAGUUUCGGGCUGAAUCUCGCGAAGACACAACUGAUAUUUCGCAAAAUCACAUCGCUAUUGAUGAACAGACUCGAGAUUUUUCGAGUGCGAACAGUUUAUUCCAUCGGUUUGGGCUUCUGCACUUCGUUAUCUUAGGAUGCGACGCUCCGAGACAAUUUCGUCACUUGCUGCAACGGUUAUGCAAAGGAAAUGAGAAACAUAUUACCCGAAUCUUUGUUACUUCGGAGCAGCAAGAAGUCGCUUUCGGAGAGCAAAAAGAACUUAGUCACGUAUCGUACAUUCGGCUUAAACGUUGCGAGCAGAUCGUUGGGCAUGCGGAAAACACGCCGUCGUAGGACAACAACAGUGAUUGAGAGGAUCCGACCGAUAGCGGGAAAAUCGACUCGCAGACAUUAAAAUGUCUCAAUCAGAAUUGAUCAGCGAUUUGGAUCUUCCUCAAAAUUCACAGCAUUCUUGUCAGUGUUCUGCGAUUAGCAACAUGGACCCUAUGAGGACAUCGAGGGAUAGAACAGAAAGGAUUGUGGGUAGCACUAGGAUCUCCAACAAUCAAGAUCUCCCACGAAAUCUGGAAACGUUGCAGAGCGUUUUUGAACCGGUGCGAAGGCUAGAUAGUCCUCAUCAAGACAAUUCGCAAAUUAAUCUAGAUAAUACCAGAAACGUCGAUCUUUUGGAACAUCAAACAAACAUACCGUCUAACUCUAGAUCUAUGAACAAUCAAAAUACGAUGCUGUCGCUUCACAGUCAUAAUCUCUCCAGUCCGUCGCGUAACUUGGAUUUGUCUCGCAAUUUAGCAUUCGAAGCAGCUCGAAGAGUUCAAGAAACUUCGAAUCUGCAGGACAGUCAGCACAGUCUGACUUCAAGUCCUAGUCCUUUGCUGGAAGCUGGACCAAAUCUGCUCGAGACGAAUAGCAAAGAGUUAGACAAGCAGCUGGAAGAUCACGCUGGCUUGUCGCCGCAGAAACAGAAUAAUAGUAAGGACAAGCUGAAGAACGUUCAGCAAGUGCUGAAUCUUUACCAACAUCAUCACGAAUCAGCGGCAAUGGAUUCCGGGCGUAACGUUCACGGGCAUUUUCACGGUGACGUACACGCUCACAUUCAUAAGCACGCCGACAACUUCAGAACCAGCACUAAUCUAGACGCUGGUGAGAGUUUGAUGGGCUUCCGACAGCACACGCAUCAUCAUCACAGUACUACGAAAACAAACGUCACUCAUCAUCACGGAUCUGGCGCGCAUCACGCGCAUUCGCAAGGAAUGACGGGACAUCAUCAUGGAAAUCUGGCAAAUAGUCUUACCAGUCAUGUUCAUGGAAAUCCUCUGAGCGCAUCUGGUUCCAGCUCCAUGAAUCAAACUAGUUCUACAACUUCUGGACACCAUCACUCUAUUACAUCCGCAAUAAGUCACAUGAAUUCACCCCACAGUCAUCAUCGACUUAACACCGGAUCUAGUUUGACCCACCACUCGAAUUCCGCUUAUUCUAGCGAUCACCAUGGCACUUCCAGUGCUCUGAGCGGUGCGUCGUCUAAUUCGAGUAUGAUGAAUCACGGUGGAUCACCCACAAUCGUACAUCGGCAUGUGGUGAACGUCAACAGCAGUUUAUCAACAACACCUUUAGGUGGUCAUCACCACGGCAACUCAUCGGGAAGCCUGACUGGUCACACCAGCGUCAACCAUCAUCACGUGAGCUCCGGUAUAUCGUGCGAAUCCUCGUCGUCGAACGCUAACACCAGAACGCACAGCAGGCUGGAUCACGUUCACGAUCAUCAUCACCACCUGCAACCAGUGCAUUCGUUGCACUCGAAUCAUCCCGACACCAGGCCGAGAGACCGGGCGCCCUCGAGCUUAGAUCAUCACGGACACCACCACGGUCACGUGCACAAUCACGGUCAUCCACACUCGCAGAGCGACACCAAGAAUGCGUCCCUUAUGGGCGUUGACACUAUUCAGGUAUCCGCUCCUACAAAGAACAAAUGUCAGUGUCAUGUGGUGCAGCAAUCUGGAGGUAACAAUAGAGGAGUCGAAGGUGAGAGUGACGGAGGCGUCGAGAUAGCAUCAAGAACGCAUCAACCCCCUGCCCUUCCGCCUCGGCCGCCACCGAGACCAACAAGACGUUAUGAAACAACCGCUACUAAUCAAUGUCACAUCGACGAAGGUGGCUGCUGCAAAAAGUACGUUGUCCUUUGCUGCCUCUGCGGUGGGUUCAGCGCGGCGGUCGGCAGCCUCUUUUUGGCGGUGCACGCGGUCCUUUCGGCCCACACGGCCAGUCUAGCGCUCUUCGAGACCGUGCCGUCUUACAUUCCUGGCAUUAUGUUGAUUCUGAUGGGUUUCUUCACAAUGUUGUUGGCCAGGCGAAAGCACAGAUAUGGAUUUCUCUUGAAAGUCUGCGGUUCCGUGGCAAUUUUGUGCGCGCUGGUGUGCGUGAUCGUCACCGUCACAACCACGGCGAUUCACAUGUCCCGAUUGCAGAACCUUCGUGAGUGCGUUUACACGGCGCGCGCGAGAUCGUGCACGUGUUACGGCGCGCCGCAGUCGAAGGGAGAUCCCGGUGUGUUGUUUGAAGGAACUCCUCAUUGCGAAGCGGUGCACGGCGCGCUGUCAGACUGCCUAAGGGCUCUCUUCGGCGUCUCGGUGGCCGGCGUGUUGGCCUGCAUAUUUUCGUGUAUGCUGGUAUACCAAUUGUUAAGUCACGAAAAGAAGAAGAUGUAUUGGGAGCAGUUGGAACUUAGAUGCAGAUCACUGUACGGGCAGGGAAGUACUGGGGGAUUACCAGCCGGAUCCUGCGGAUGCUGUAAUGACUGCGGCGGUUCGAAUCCCUGGUGGGCCCAGACACCGGGAAAUCUGUACACACCGAAUCCCGAUUUGGCACCGUCCAGAAGAUGGCGAUUACCGUGGUCCAGAUCGAGGGGCCCAGCGCCCAGUCCAGACUCGAAUUACGGUUUCCACACGCAAACACGAACAACAGAAGCCAACGUGGAGAGCGGAACCGGACCUUACAGCGUUCUCAACUCGCAGUCGAGUGGUCCUUAUUCCGUUUUAAACACUCAGAACGCUCCAUACACACCGAGUACCGCGUCUUACAGCGUUUUGGAAACUCCAGUGCCAUUGUGGGGACCACCUCCGCCUUACAGCGAUCCAAAUAGUCCCGCCAGACGACCUCAAGUAAUCGAAUCGAGACCCAGAAUUGCCAAGAGAAUGGAUAAUUUCGAGAAUAAUGAAGAUCACAGAUCAAGAUCUGCCAAGCGUCCCUCCGACAAUUACGAGAACGCCGAGGAGAUUUCCAACAGUACGGAUCCCGAGGCCGGAAAUGAGGGAACCAUCAAAAGUAGAAGAGCCAGAAAACCUAUGAAGGGAGUAGAAAACGGUGCGUUCCAACAAGAAUCGAAUCCCGGUUCAAAACAGUCCGAAAGUGAAUUAUAUUUCGGCGACGUGUCCUCGUGCUGCGGACCAGAAACCAGUUUUUACGAUCUAGCUGUGGAGAAAGAAGGUACGGAACGUUCGGAGGGUGUUGAUUACUUGGCGGCUAGGCUUGGCAAACGGCAGCUGUCGAAGAGGUCUCGAAUGCCUAUUCCCUUGCCUGCGGAUAGCAGCGACACUCCUUCCGACAAUUAUGCGAACAGUGACGAGCCGAGAAACGCGAGAGGUCCGUUUCUAGCUCCUGAUGCGCAGUACGAGGUCAUUCAGCAGAGCCGUUAUUCGUAUUACGCGGCGAAAAAUAACGAGGAAUUGCAGGAAGGUCCGGCGAGUUCUGGUUAUUAUCGAGAGGACGAAAACGAGAGGGGGCGAGAAAGGGAUUAUAGGGAUUACCGAAGCAGUCAGGAAGAAGAAACGCCGCAGUGUUGCUUGAGCGACUCGACUACCUUGGAUUCCGGUUGGCAGAGCAGCGAGCAGCAACAAUCGGACGAUAACGUUCGACCUGUGAAUGUGUGAUUUUGGAAAGAGUCUAGUGAACCAAGUGAUGAUGAAUUGCCAUCGAUUCCCGCGCGAAAAAGCGUUACUCGAAAAUAAUUAGAUAGUAGUAAAAAGGAAAUGCGACAAUAGUUACUGAUCUGUGAGCACAUAUGUAAUUUAGAUAGACUGUAUGUAGCGUCCGUGUUUUUCUCGGCAAGUAAAUGACUGAACAUGCCGAGAUUAUACGUUUUUUUAACAAAGCAAGAGACAAAAACUUGACGAUGGUGUUCGAACAGAUAAGACCCUAGUCGGAUAAUACGUACGUUAGUUAGUAGUUCGCUCUAUAAAACUUUUUACUGUAAAUUUUUAUUCACUUGACUACACACAUUAAUGAGUUAUUGUCUGCGCAGUAAACUUAAUUGAUAAAAAAAGUGUGAAACACACAUCUCGACGUGGUUUAUAUAUUAACUUAAUAUAGUAUCAAAAUUUAGUUCUUUUAAAACACACACAAGUAAAGUUGUCGAAGAAGCUAAUUGUUUUUAAAAUAUAAUAUUUCGUGAUUUUUAUAUACAAAUAUAGUUGAGUAGCAGUGACGCAAGUGGUCGUGACACAACAAAAUAUUUUUCGUAACUAAUAGUCAUUUAAAGUAUAAUAGUUAGUUUAAUUGUAUCUUUUUUAUUCUCACGGAAAUUACAAUGAUUUAGAUACAAUGUUUUUCAUAUUUUCUUAAAUAAAUGUAUUUUAUUUUUAUGUUAUGUAUAAAUGAAAUGCUUAAAUUCGGUGAACUGUCAUCGUGUAAUAGAAAACGUAUAUUAAAAGUAAUAACAUCGUGUAGUGAUAAUAAUCCUUAGUGAUGAUAACACACUGUAAUAUAUCAAACGCAAGUGAGAUCUAAUCUCGUUGAGGAGAUUAACACGAUAAAAUAGAUGCCAUUAAAUGCUUUUCGUAAGAAGCUUGCCUGUUCAAUAUCUAAUCGAUAUAUACAUAUAUUUAAUUGACGAGUGUAGAUGUGUGUCUAAUAUGAAUAAAAACUAGAUCAAGUGAUGACUUUGAUCAUCAAUAAUAUUAUACAAAUGCGUGUAAAACUUCGUGUUCAUCAUAAAAUAAACGUCAGUAAUCGUAAUUAAUUAAGCAAAACAAAAAAAAGAACAAUCUGAUCAUUUGUAUCAAAACAUGAUCAAUUGUUAAUUGGAUAAAAGUGUUGAAAAAAAAUUGCACAGGAUAUAAAAUAUAUUCACGACAAAUUUUGUGUAUUUUUGCUAAUUAAGCGACGUAUGUCGCUCGUAUUGCUCAUAGUAAUAAGUAAUAAUGAGUGUUAAACCAAGAAGUUAUUUGUGAUGCGAAUGAAUGAGAGAGAAAGUGAAAAUUAGAUUCAUAGCUGAAUAAUUAUUUGUUAAAAGUGUAUCCACAAAUGAACAAAUGUGCGGUUAUUUAAUAAGAAGUUCUACUUUUUACUAUUUAUUGCAAUUUGAUUGCUUUUUCUACUCAAUACUUGUGUUUAUUUAAAUUUCAUGUUUCUAUUGCGAAUUAAAAAAAAAGUUGAAAUGCUGCAAAAUCGGCAGUUGUUCUUUGUUGGAUACGUGGUAGAUCAUGUACAAAAGUGUGCUUUACUCUUGCCAGUUAGGUGUUAGCUGCAAUUUUCAAGUAGUCUGAAUGUCUCUGAGAUUUCAAAAUUAUCAAGCGAUAUAUUACUCGUAAAAAUUUAUUUGACAAAAUUUCUUUUGCGAUUAUUGAUUCACCGUCAUGUACAUUCGCAAACAUUAUUUAUUUAUUUUUUUAUACAUAUAGGUUUUGAAAUUUGUUAUUCGUCUCGAACUUGCACUUCAAAUAAAAAAAUUUUACUCAUAUCGUUAAAUACAUACUUGCGCGAUCUUUGACGAUGCUUACUGAUGAAUCGCUUCUUUUAUUUAGAGCCAUAAUAGGCGCUGACAUUCGCUUUUGGAAUCACAAUUCAGAUGGACCAAGGACAAUAUAGAAAGAGAAAUCAAUCGACUCACUUAGUGAUUAGAAUAUUUGUCGGUUGUCUAUUUUCAUUAUCAGCCGCUCGAGACGUGUGAACAUAUAUAUGAAUGCGUAUUUUAUAUUUAUUCAGAAGCGACAGAAUCAGAUCGUAACGCAGUAGCUUAAUGCCGUCUAAAGCGAAUGAAGUGUACCUUAAAGACAAACUGCGAGUCAAAGUAAGUCUGGCACGCCAUUGAAUAAUGUAUUUAACAAUGAAUAAGAAUAAAUAACGAAUUUUAUGCGA